AUGGGUUCGGGAUUCUUUCAGACAAUAAAAGGAGUAUAUAAUAUUUUCCAUAAAAAUAAACCAGUUAUACAUUUUAUAAGUCUAACUUAUUCACAACAAGCUGGAGUUAGUCAACAACAAGUUAAUACAGAAGCAUCUCUAUCAGCUGCUUCUGAUGCAACAACAGCAGCAGCACCUCCACCCGCUGUUUCUAAUACAACAACAUCAGCUGUUUCUGAUGCAACAACAGCAGCACCUCCACCUCCUGCGGUGACUACCUCAAAAGUGGAUCCACCCAAAGAAGAAACGACAACAACGACAGAAGCUCAAGCUCAACCACCAAAGACACAAGCUCCUACUCAACCACUCACCACUCAGGCUCCCGUUCAAUCAACACGUACUCAAGAUCCUAUAGUAGCUACGUCAUCUAAUACACUCGUCUCGGAUAGUAACCCACAACCCACAAGCGACUCCUCUGCUGAUGUUAUUGCGACUUCUAAUGUUAAUUCAUCGACCGGGAAACAAGCAACACAAUCUUCAAAUAAUCAGUCCAGCAUUACAAAUACAACUAAAGGUUCCUCUACUAAUAUCAAUAACCCUCAACAAGAAAAGGACAAUAACACAGAAGAUAAUCCGAACAAAACUGCUAUUAUUGCUGGUUCAGUAGUUGGUGGUCUUGUUGGCGUUGCAUUGAUUGCUGGUAUCUUUACAUGGUUGAAUCGUCGUGGAGGUUGUACGAGUCGUACUCGUCGUCGUGAUAGUCCUAAUAAUUUUGAUUCAAAUGAUGAUGAUUAUGAUAUAAAGAUGACAGAGAAUCAUAAUUUAAGUAAUGCUGUUGGCGCAGGAGCAGUAGCGAGUGCUAUGCAUUCCUCCGAAAACUUAUCUUCUACAUCACCUUUUCAACAUGCUCGUCGAUUUGUACCGCCUACUUCUAAUCCAAAUGGUUAUAUGAAUUUAAAUGACGAAGAAUAUGGAUAUCAUCAAAAUGCAAACAUGACAGCCUAUCAACCUCAAUACCAAGAUUACAAUAAUAAUAACAAUAAUAACGUGGCUUAUCAUGAUAUCUAUAGUCAGCAACAGCAACAACAACAACAACAACAACAACAAGGAACUCUUCCUUCUAAUUACAGUCAAGAAUAUUAUGGUCAACAACAAGGACAAGAAUAUAAUAUACCUCAACAUGAUUAUAUGUCACAUGAUUAUGGCCAUCAUCCUGUUGAAAGUAAUAUGAUGGGCUCUACUGCUAACUAUCAACAAUCAGGCACCUAUUAUAAUCAUGCCCCUGGAUCUAAUAUAACGUCACCUACACUGACAGCUGCUGUUUCUACCGAUGGUCAUCAUCAUGAUUUAAAACCGGAUCAAAUUGAACAAAAACCAAACGUUGCUUAAUUUAUGCAUGUACUUUUUUUUUUCUCUCCCUCUCUUUUUGUAGACAUUGUAAAACCCCCUUCUCCUUUUUUUUUUUGAUAUUUAUAACUAUUUUCAAAAAAAAAAUAUAUAUAUAUACAUGUAUGUAUAUGUAUAUGUAUAUGUAUAUGUAUAUGU